GGCGGUGGCGGCCGGCGGCGGCGGCGGCCAUGGAGGAGGCGGCGGAGCAGCGGCGGCGGGGCGAGCAGCGGCAGCACCGGGCCGAGCAGCAGCAGCAGCGGCGGCGGGGCGGGGAGGUGGUGGUGAAGGUCGAGAAGCGCAGCCCGCGGCGCUCCGCUUCCCGCUCGGCGCGGGGGGGCAGCCAGUCGCCGCCGGCCGACGAGCGGCGGGGAGGCCGCGGGGGCAGCAGCAGGUCGCCCAAGCGGCGGAGCCGGGCCGGCCGCCGGAGCAGGUCCCCGCGCGGCAGGCGGAGCCGCAGCCCGCACCACGGCGCGGUGAAGGUGAAGCAGGAGCGAGACGAACAUCCUCGCAGAGGAAAUGAGGAGCGAAAGCAGAAAUACCCAUCGGAGCAGGAACACAGGCGAGACAGAAGCGGUGACAGAGACAGACACAGAGAUCACGCAGACAGAAGGAAAGACCCCAGUGAAAGGCCUGGAGGUCGAGGCCACGAGCGAGAGAGGGAUGCUCAGAACAUGCGCGAGCAGCAAGCGGAGAGAGAGUUUUAUAACGAGAGAAGGCGAGAGCACCGGCAAAACAACGAAGGGAGCGGCGUUGACCAGAAUCCAGAACUCGGGCAGUCUGAUAACAAACCAAAAGAUAAAGCUGCUGUAAAGAAAGAAAAACCAAGCUUUGAACUGUCUGGGGCUCUUCUGGAGGACACCAACACCUUCCGAGGGGUCGUGAUCAAGUACAGCGAGCCCCCCGAGGCUCGGAUUCCGAAGAAGCGGUGGCGCCUCUACCCUUUUAAAAACGACGAGUUCCUCCCGGUCAUGUACAUUCACAGGCAGAGCGCUUACCUCCUGGGCAGGCACCGCAGGAUUGCAGAUAUUCCCAUCGACCACCCGUCCUGCUCAAAGCAGCAUGCUGUGUUCCAGUACCGGCUUGUGGAGUACACUCGUGCCGACGGUACGGUCGGCCGGAGGGUCAGGCCGUACAUCAUUGACCUCGGCUCUGGCAAUGGCACUUUCCUCAACAACCAGCGGAUUGAACCUCAGCGUUACUAUGAACUGAAAGAGAAGGAUGUGCUGAAGUUCGGGUUCAGCAGCAGGGAGUACGUUCUCCUCCACGAAUCUUCAGAUAAAUCUGAGGCCAACACAAAGGACGAUGAUGAGGAGGAGGAGAAGGAGGAAGAGUCUGACAGUUAACAGAUGAGGAGGAAACUGGGGGGGUGGGAGCAGGGGAGAGAAACUUUUUCAAGAGAACAUACGUUGGGAUGUAAACAUGGGAGCAUCAAAGCACUGAUGCCUCUUAUUGCCUUAAAGUCCUUCUGUUGCUGA